CAGCUGCUCAAACAACAUCAUGGGAAUUGUUUGGAAAACACAUCCCCUGGCUCAUAUCCCUGGCAGAAUUUGCAGUAUCCUCACCACUCAGGAGAUUGUCUCUUAAGAUGCUGGCCUGAACUUUAGUGCAUCCAUGGAGGAGAAAGUGCACUGAGUAAGCCCCAUUACAUUGAAGAAAUGGUUCUGCUGGUGGCAAUAGCAGAAGUGCUGUUGGUUCUGGGUUUAGCUGUGGAAUCAGACUCUCUCUGCUUACCCACAACCUUUUACAAGAGCUGCUGGAUUCGACGCUUCCCAGGUCUUCUGAUUGACCUGCAGGAAUCACAGAAGAGGGGAGCCCAGGUGCUGAAGAUUUAUGAAGAAGUCUCACCCCAGCAGUGCAGCAGAACCUGCUGCCUUCUGAGGAAUGUUUCCUGCAAUCUAGCAGUUUUCUACCAUGGAGCUCUUCAUAAGAAUAUGAAUUGCCUGCACAUAUCUUGCCCAGCAUUGGAAAGUUGCAUACUAAAGGCUAAAAUCAAUGUCAUUUUGUACAACAUCACAACAGGAAUUGAUCCAGAUCUUCUUAUUUUUGAGAAACUGACAUCCAAAGAACUAAAUACUCACUCUUCACCAAGUAAAUGUGAAAGGCAAAACAGCACAAAGACCACUGAGUGGGAAAGAUGCCAGCAUCAUAAUGCUACAUCAAGUUCUCUUUUGCUCCAAGCUCCAUCUUCUACCACUAGCCACGGAUUCAUAGCAAACACUUACACCUUCAGCACAAGCCUGACAGUUCAAAACACUGAAGUUACUACUUAUUUCACUGCAGAAACUUUUCCACCGGAUGAUCGUUUUGCUAAGAGGACAAGCACUUCAGUAAGCACUAGGUCAAUCACCAGCUCUGACAAGCCUGUGCACUCAACUUUGAUAUUCAGAUCUGCUGACGUAUUAUCCCACAUGCCCACUUCUCGUCUGAACAGCAGUAAGCAGCAUUUAAAUGAAACCAAAGGCUACAGUGGUAGAAAUUAUACUUCGGAUAAUGAGGCACCUGCCUGGGAAGCUGCAGCUUUGGGUGUCUGGUUGAUUCCUAUUAUUCUUUGCUCUUCUCUCGUCUUGCUUUGCUGUUGUACUAUUGCUUUCACAGCAGGGCGUUGCAGCAAUAGGAGAGGUCAGUAUAAGCCCAUAAGGAGAAGAAGAACAAUGUCAAGACAAUUUAUAAAAUAUACUACUGGUAAUUUGUAAAAUAUUGUCACUAUCCUUAUUUUGGAACAAAUAUCUUUUGAAAAAUGAAUCGUAUAUACCAACUUACCUCUUUUAAAGAAACAAAGAUAAUUUUCACUGAUGGUUUCAGAAUCGUUCAGUUGUAGUUUAUUUCUCAACAGAUAAAACACAAUUCCCCUGUCCCCUUAGGUAAGUACACAUUCAUAGCUCCCACUUCAUGCUCAGAGGCAUUUGAGUACAUUUUGGUUCACAAUCUGACCCAGACUAAUGCCUAACUAUACACUUUCCCUAACUUAAGAGAGCAGAUUCACUGUAGCUGUAUGUGUCCU